CAUUGUUUGUUUUCUUGAUCUUAAUUGAAAUGGGAGACGAGGUCCAAACCCAAACCCAGCAAGAAGAAGAGAUCGUGCAUUCUAAACCUCCAACUAUUCCACUUCUCACUCCUUACAAGAUGGGAAAAUUUGAUCUUUCUCACAGAAUUGUUUUGGCACCAUUGACUAGACAGAGAUCUUAUGACAAUGUUCCUCAGCCACAUGCCAUAUUAUACUACACCCAGCGAACCACCAAAGGGGGUCUUCUCAUAUGUGAAGCCGCUGGAGUAUCCGACACUGCUCAAGGGUAUCCACGUACGCCAGGUAUUUGGACCAACGAACAAGUUGAAGCAUGGAAACCCAUUGUAAAUGCUGUGCAUGCCAAAGGAGGGGUUUUCUUUUGUCAGAUUUGGCAUUGUGGAAGGGUGUCAAAUACUGGUUUUCAGCCAAGUGGGCAAGCUCCAAUAUCUUCUACCAAUAAGCUCUUGCCUCCACAACCCUCAGCAAAUGGUAUUGAUUUUGAUACAUUCACACCUCCGAGGCGCCUUAGGACUGAAGAAAUCCCUUCUAUCAUCAAUGAUUUUAGGAUCGCUGCUAGGAAUGCUAUGGAAGCUGGAUUUGAUGGAGUAGAGCUCCACGGGGCUCAUGGCUACCUCAUUGAACAGUUUUUAUCAAUGUAG